AGCAGUCAGUUCUAGGUGGGAAGUGUAUGCGGCGCACUAAAGCGAGUAACAUCCCGGCGUGCUUUGGGAGGCUUCUUUCUCUUCCGGUUUGUGAAUCUCGCUGUAGGAGAAGCGGAUUGAUCAUGGCAAAGUCCAAGAAUCACACCACUCACAACCAAUCUCGUAAAUGGCACAGAAAUGGCAUCAAGAAGCCCAGAUCCCAGAGAUAUGAAUCUCUUAAGGGGGUUGACCCUAAGUUUCUGAGGAACAUGCGCUUUGCCAAGAAACACAACAAGAGAGGACUGAAAAAGAUCCAAGCAAACAACUCCAAAUGAUCAUCUUUUGUAUAUAUUUGUUGGGACUCUAACAUCACAAUUUUUACUGUUCUGUGCCCAUAAGUGUCACUUAAGUGAAAUAAAACAGUUGAAAAGCGAA